GUAGCCAAAAAUAAAUAAAUAAAUUUAUUAAAAAAGACUGGGAAUGAUGGAGUGGGAGGCUCUUUGGGCAGAGCUUAGAGAAGACCUGAUGGGUGAGCUGUGUCCUGAAGGGAACUAGGGUAGGGAAUUCCAGGGGUGGGGAGCGGUGAGCGGGGGUGGGUAUGACAGCAGCAGGGUGAUGAGUUCAAGGGACAGCCAAUUCCACUGGGCUGGAAUGCAGUAAAAGUAGACGGGAAACGGGUGAGACGGGAGGGAUGGUCAAGUCCCUGCCCCUCUCUGAGCCUCAGUUUCCUCAGCUGUAAAAUGGGAUGAUGGGGCCGUUGUGACGCUUCAAGGAUAUGCUGCGUGCAAAGGGCCUGGACUGCUUGGGUUCCCAUCCUCAUCCACACAACCCGCAGCAGCACUAAUGUGCGCCAUGCCUGGAUAUACCACUGGGCGUGGACCCACACCCCCAGAUGCCACCCUAGGGCAGAAGUAGUUCUGCCAGCAGACCUGUGUCCGGUGUCACCAAGUACACACACUGAGCUGUGGACACAGUCACCGUGGUGCCCGCUCGCUGGCCCCUACAGGCACCAACCCCUCUCCCUCCUUCCUGCCUGGGCACUGCAGACAUCCUCAAGUCCUCCCUGAUCAUCUUCGUGAUGGGCGGCCCAGGCUGCGGCAAAGAGACACAGUGCAAGAACAUGGCGAACAAGUACGGCUUCUGCCACAUGGGGCUGGGCCAGCUGCUGUGGCAGAAGGCCCAACAAGGCACCCGGCAGGGCCCGAAGAUUCAUGACGUCAUGCUGAAGGGGCUCCUGGUGCCCACAGUGGGCCAGGCCCCCAACUUCGUCAUCGUGUUUGACUGCUCCAUGGAGACAAUGGUCCGGAGAGCGCUGCACCGGGGCCAGGUGGAGUGCCGGGCCUCUGACUGCAAGUCGGCCAUCUGCCAGCGCCUGGAGAUGCAUUACACCCUGUGUGAGCCCACCCUGGCCUUUUACCAGCAGAGGAACCUGCUCCGAAACUAAGUACUCCCUGCUUGCUGCUCACUCCCCUGGCCCUCCAGGGGAGCAAGUCCAGCUGAAACAGCACAGGGGUUAUACUGCAGCCCUGAAUCCCAGAACUCUGAGCCUCAGUUUCCCCAGCAUGUACACUGGAGAGUUCCAUUUCUUCCAUUAGGCAGAAUGGGUGCAGGCUGUG